AUGCUUUCUUUUAAAGAAUUGUAGAAAUCUUAAUUCUUAAUUGCAAUUUCAUUUCAGAAUUAAUAAUUAAUUACAUAAUAAUGUAAUUGGAAUUGCCUUUUUUUAUUACUUUCAUUUUUAUUAUGUUCUCAAUCAAUCAAAGCUUUGAGAAGGAAAAUUAUUAAUAUUGAAAAUAAUACCAAUUUUAAGAUUAAAGGCGCGAAGCUAUUGUAAUAUUUGAAAACUUUAAUUUACUUUUGGCAGAUCAUAAAUUUGAUAUCAAAGAAUGGAUCUUUUAAAAAUUAAAUCUACUUUUCAACCAUAAAGAUUUUGUUUAAUCUAAAACUAAUGUAAAAACAAUCGUUUUUCUUAUCCUGCCCUCAUGAGAUAUAGAUUGCAUUAAUAUCUAGUCAUACGAUGUCAAAUCCUAAAUACAUCAUAAAAUUAACAAGUCAUAUGGAUUCAAUUAAUCUUAUUUUGUCACAUCCAAUUAACAAAGAAAUAUUUAUAACAAUUAGUAAAGACUGCAGAAAAGAGAAUUCAAUAUCGAGUAAGUUAUUUAAUAAAUCCUUACAGACCAAUCAUUUGAGGUUUAUUUGUGGAGCAAUAAGCAAAGAUUUCAAACAUUUAAUAACCUGGGAUAAAAUUUCUUUUUGUCUUCAAUUGAGAAUAUAUUGGAUUAGAGUCAAUAUUUGAAAUUGAAGAAAAUAGGAUAAAAUUCUGUAACACAUACAUCAAAACCAACAAGAAUAGAGAAUCUGGGGUCAUAGGAUCUAAAUUUUAGUAAUAAUAUUAUUCAUGGCGAUAAUUUUCUUCCUUUCAAUAUCCUUCUGACAAAAAUUCUGUUACUUAGAAAUGUCACAAUUUUUUUUAUAAUACAUCAAAUCAACACUUUAAAUUCUUCCUUAAGCUUUUUGAUCUUCGAACAUAAAUUGAAAAGAUUAUAAUUUGAAGAAAUAUCAUGA